AUGGGUGCCAAGCAAAAGGGAAGCUCGAAGCCCAAGGGUAACCAAGCCGAAGAGGUAGAGGAGACUCUGCAGGCAGUGGUCCUGGCGGAUACUUUCGAGACCAGAUUCGAGCCCUUUACUCUCGACAAGCCGCGGUGUCUUCUUCCUUUGGCCAACACCCCUCUUAUUGAAUAUACCCUCGAAUUCUUGGCCAAUGCAGGUGUCGAGGAGGUAUUCCUCUACGGAGGCGCUCACUCAGACAAGCUAGAGAAAUCAUCAAGUACGCCGGCACCAUCGAUGCGCUUGUCAUUAUUAGAAGACGCUAAUUAUUCUUCUAGUUCUUCGAAAUGGAGAGCGCCGUCCUCCCCCUUCAAGAAACUCACCUUCCUCAAAUCCACCUCUACCUCCGUUGGUGAUGUUAUGCGAGACUUGGACGGCAAGCACCUGAUCACCGGUGACUUCAUCGUCGUCAGCGGUGAUGUUAUCAGCAACCUGCCCAUUGAAGGCGCCCUGGCCACCCAUCGAGCACGCCGCGCAGCGGACAAGAACGCGAUCAUGACCAUGGUGCUGCGCGAAGCCGGCCUCAACCACCGCACAAAGUCCUCCUCCGUUUCCCCCGUUUUCGUGAUUGAUCCGACCAAAGACCGCUGUCUUCACUACGAGGAGAUUGACCACCAUGACGAAGAUGCGCCGACCCGGUUGAACAUUGACACCGAGAUCAUCCUAUCCCAUUCCGAGCUGGAUAUCCGUCAAGAUCUGAUCGAUUGCAGUAUCGAUAUUUGCACACCUGACGUGCUGAGCUUGUGGUCCGACAGUUUUGAUUACCAGUCACCGCGGAAACACUACCUGUUUGGUGUCUUGAAGGACUACGAGUUAAAUGGAAAGACCAUCCAUACGCAUAUCAUCAAAGACCACUACGCCGCGCGGGUACGUAACUUGAAGGCUUACGACGCUGUUAGCAAGGAUAUUAUCUCGCGCUGGACUUAUCCCUUGUGCCCUGAUACGAACUUGCUCCCGGGCCACACCUAUGAUCUCCGCAAGGGUAGUUUGUACCAAGAACGGGGCGUGACUCUGGCUCGGUCAUGCGUAAUCGGUCGCCGCACAGUCAUCGGCCAAGGCACUAGUAUCGGUGAUCGUACCACAGUUCACAGCACCGUCUUGGGUCGGAACUGCAAAAUCGGCCGGAACGUCAAGCUGGACGGCGCAUACAUCUGGGACAAUGUCGUGAUUGGAGAUAACACCGAUGUCCGGGGCGCUAUCAUCGCCGACGAUGUCGUCAUCGGCAAAGGCUGCAGUGUUGCCGCCGGUGCGCUUAUCUCUCACGAUGUAAAGAUCGCAGAUGGUAUGAAGAUCCAGAGUGGACAGCGCAUCGCUAAGGUCCGACGGGAUGGAACCCCUGGUCCCACCGACACGGACAUCGUCGGCCAAGGUGGCGAGGGCUACGAGUUUGUACCUGGCGAGGACGACGACGAGGAAGACGACGAUGUCUCUGUCGCGUCAUCAGGGCUGGUCUACCGCAUGCCUGGACUUUCACUCUCAUCCGCCUCAAUCUCAACGCUAUCCUCUGAAGUAUCCGAUGGCUCAUGGCAACGUUCCCCACGCAGCAGUUUCUCCGACGAAGAGGAACAGGACCAUUUCCACCACGACGCUUCAGCUAGUUUAUUCGACGGUCUACGUGACGGCGUCUCCGCAGAUGUCGUUCAACUGGAACUAGUCAGUCUUCGCAUGACAGCCAACGCCUCGGACGUGCAAGUGCGACGCGCCAUCGUAACCUCGUUCAUGAAAUACAUCCAGCAGCUCAUGGAAGGUGGCAAGGGCGCCGGCGAAGCCGUGCACGAGAUAUUCUCCAAGUACCGAGAAGUGGUGGAGCGAACGCUAUUCGACCGGAACAAGGACGAAAAGAAGGACCAGGUGGAUAUGUUGUUGCAGUUGCAGCAGGACCUUGUGCAUCGGAAUAAGGGUGAUACAAUUCUGCUGUUCACAGCGAAGGAGUUGUAUGAGUUGGAGCUUGUAGAUGAGGAGGCUUAUGAGCAGUGGUGGGCUGAUGAGAGGUCAACUGCGAGUGAGGAGAUGAAGGCUGUGAGGAGUCAGGCGCAGCAAUUUGUGGAUUGGCUUGCGGAUGCUGAGGAGGAGAGUAGUGAAGAGGAAGAUAGUGAUGAGGAGGAUGAGUAG